UUUUGGAGUUGGAUAUAUUCGGGGCUUCUAAAAUACUUAAAAAUCUCCAUUAAUUCGCAUGGAGGAAUCUUUUUGAACGAUGUAUUGUGCCUUUAGAUCAUCUACUUUUCUGCUAAGAGCUUCUCGAGGGAUUUCGUCCAAAGGAACUAGAUUUGAUAUACCUCUAAAUUGUGGACUUGUUCCUGCCUUGCAAGGCUUCACGAGCGCAAAACAUGGCCAUUUUUUGACUAACAAUUACUCUACAAAUCUAAAGAAAAUACAAGACUCUAAAGAAAUCAUCUACAGAUACAAAUGGAUCAAACAACUACGUUUUAUAUCACGGGUUAAGAUUGUACACGUAUUUAUUGUCGGUGGUUUAACAGGACCAAUGUCAUACUGGUUCAAUCAAGGAAUCAUAUCUGGAUCAGUUCUUGUCACUAGUAUUUUUGCUGCUACUGCAACUACUGCUGGACUAUUUGCUCUCAGUUAUUUCUUCCGUAGAGUCAUUGGAGAACUGUCUUUUGAUCCAAUCAAGGAAGAGAUCACGAUUUCUUCUCUGACAUUCUGGGGUAACCGAAGAAACUUAGUUGUUCCCAUAUCAAACUUCAUUCCUUUGAGUGACAGAGAUUUUGAUCCCAAGAAUUUGUUUCACAGGGUUGAAUUGUAUGGCAAUGACUUUGUAUAUCUUUUGAACUUGCGUCAUGGAAGGGUUUACGAUAGUGAGAGGUUGCUGCAAUUGUUAGGAAUUCUCCAAGAAAGGGUCAAAAAUGCAGACAGUUAUAAACCAGCCUCUGGGCACAUUGUUGAAGUUGAGUCAGGGGAUACGGUAGGAAGAAGUUGAGAAGACUUUAAAGUAAUUUCUGUACAAAACUUGUGGUAUGACCAUGCUGUGACUGUGACAGCGGUCAGAGGAUCGUGAUUUGAUGAGUGGUAAUCUUGCGCAGUGUCAUUAGUUCAAAGCUUGUCGGCAAUUCUGUACCACAGCACUGGAGUGCGCCACAUGGCAUGCCAAUUUGCAGUCCUAAAAAAUCCAUGUCAAUGCAACCAACAAGUUUGUCUAAACAAAAAUGUCUUUUUCAUUUAUUUAUUUUUUACAUUUUCCCAAAGA